AUGCACUUCACUCACCUUCUACUUUCAUUCUGCUCCGUAGCAUCAACCAUGGCCGCCAUCACCCCAAGACAGAUCCCCUCCAAGGCCAAGUGCCUCCUCGACGCUGGACUUGGCGAGGCAGUUCUGGUUCGUGGAGAUCCCCAAUAUGCUGAACGCGAGGCUUCAUAUUGGUCCAACAGCGCAAGGCUGAGUCCAGCUGCGAUCCUCCGACCUCGCAAUACCAAGGAGGUGGCCCUUGCCGUCAAGGCUCUUGCUGCCGCCAAACAGCCAUUUGCCGUCCGUUCCGGUGGUCACACCAACUGGGCUGGCUCCAACAACAUUGCCGGCGGCAUCACCAUCGAUCUCGGCUUCUUCAACACCACCACCUACAAUGCUGCUACCGAGACUGCCGAUAUCGGCCCUGGCUCCCGCUGGCGGGAUGUCUACUCGGAGCUGAUCAAGCACAAGCGUGCCGUUGCCGGUGGCCGUGAGGGUAAUGUUGGUGUCGCCGGUCUUUUGCUCGGCGGCGGUAACACCUUCUUCACUGCCCGCCGUGGCUUCGCCUGCGAUAACGUCGUCGCCUAUGAGGUCGUCCUUGCCGACGGCCGCAUUGUCACCGCCAGCAAGACCAGCUACCCCGACCUCUUUGUUGCCCUCAAGGGCGGCUCCAACAACUUUGGCAUCGUCACCAAGUUCACCAUGACCGCCAUCCCAUCCGACAAGGUGUGGGGCGGCAUGGCCUUCCUUCCCAAGGACAUUGCUCCCCAGGCCGUUGACGCCGUUGUUUCCUUCACCAACAACGUUGCCAAUGACCCCGAUAGCAACCUCGUCGCCAUGUUCACCCACAUGCCCGACUUCAAGGACAUUGUUGUUGCUACUCUCUACGCCAACAUGGCCGGUGUCGAAAAGCCUGCUGCUUACAAGGAGUGGCUUGCUCUUCCCGAGAUCAUGAACACGGUCAAGAACACCACCAUCGCUGAGAUGGCAUUCGAGUACAACAUCCCCGCCAACCUCCACGACAUCUGGUUCACCCUCUCCCUCAAGAACGAUGCUCGCAUCCUCAACAAGGCUGCCGAGCUCCACGUCAAGCUCGUUGAGGACCUCAAGGCUUUUAUCCCUGAGCAGACCUUCACCACCCAGUGUCUCUUCCAGCCCCUCCCCACUGUCUUUGGCAAGAACUCAGUUGCUGCCGGUGGCAACAUCAUGGGUGUUGAGCGCCAAAAGUCUAACGGCGUUCUGUUCCUUGCUACCGCCAUGGUCCAGACCCCUGAGCAGGAGAAGAAGGCUUACCCUCUUGUCAAGACGUGGGUUGAGGAGGUCAGGAAGUUUGCCGCUACCAUUGAUGGUGGUCUUCAGGAGUGGACCUAUCUCAACUAUGCAGAUAAGAGCCAGAACCCUCUCAAGAGCUACGGCCCUGAGAACAUCCGCAAGCUGAAGGCUACUGCUGCCAAGUAUGAUCCUCAGGGUGUUUUCCAGAAGUUGGUGCCCGGUGGGUUCAAGGUUUCUAACCUUUAA